AUGGGGUCUUUCCUCCCAGUGAUUCUGUCGCUCGUCCUCUUAGCCGCCCGAGCCCAUUGUCGGGCAGUUUUCGCCCAUUUCAUGGUGUCCAAUACCCUGAACUACACAGUUAGUGAUUGGGAAAAUGAGAUGACACUUGCGCUCGACGCUAAGAUCGAUGCAUUCGCCUUGAAUAUGGCCGUGGGCGACGCCACAAAUACUCAAUCACUCGAGAACGCCUUCGCUGCCGCUGGCAAUACCGGGCUGUCGCUCUUCUUCUCGUUUGAUUACGCAGGCAACGGGCCAUGGGCUAAGGCUGAUGUACUCACUAUGCUGCAGACUUACACCUCUGACGGAGCAUACUGGCAUUAUGAAUCGAAGCCCUUUGUCUCUACCUUUGAAGGCCCCGACAAUGCAGACGAUUGGAUUGAUAUCAAGGAAGAGACCGGGUGUUUCUUUCUCCCCGACUGGUCCUCUGUUGGAGCGGACGUUGCCGUGAAUCUAGGCAGUGGAGUGGCCGACGGUCUGUUUAGUUGGGCGGCAUGGCCGUACGGUCCAAGUGAUAUGAACACCUAUGUGGAUGCUUCUUAUAUCGACUUCCUGGAUGGUAAAUCGUACAUGAUGCCGGUAUCUCCGUGGUUUUUCACGAACAUGCCCGGAUACGACAAGAACUGGCUGUGGCGUGGUGAUGAUCUUUGGUAUGAUCGUUGGGUCCAGGCCAUGUAUUUGGCGCCUGACUUUAUUGAGAUUAUCUCCUGGAAUGAUUUUGGGGAGUCUCAUUAUAUUGGCCCGAUCCAGGACAGUGAUUCUCCGUUGGCUGAAUCCACGUAUACCGCGUUUGGGACCGGUGAAUCCCCGUACAACUAUGCAUUGAAUAUGCCCCAUGAUGGCUGGCGAGCUUUUCUCCCCUGGCUUACCGAUACCUACAAAAACAAUAUCUCGACUAUCACGCAGGAAGGUGUUCAAGCAUGGUAUCGACUGAAUGUUCGUGGGAGCUGCGCCUCGGACAGCGGGACCACCGGUAAUACUGCCAGCGAGCUGCAGCUGGAGUAUUGGCCGUACGAGAUUCCUCAAGACCGGGUAUUCUUUUCCGCCCUACUAGGUUCGUCAGCAGACGUCUCGGUAACAGUCGGGGAUGUUUCUUUGGAGGCGGCGUGGAACAGCACUCUAAGUGGAGGCGCAGGUCUCUACCAUGGCAGUGCGGCAUUCUCGGUUCAGGCGGGAACCGUGGAGGUGGCGAUCAGUCGAGACGGUGCUAUCAUUGCGAGCUUUACAGGCCCAGAUAUUGUCACCGGCUGUGCCGCAUCCAGCGACAUUGAGAACUGGAACGCCUGGGUAGGCAGUGCUAUGGCGCCUACCCUGACCUCAGCCACUCCGACUUAUUCACUCGCGGACCAGCUGGGGUACUGCCCCGUCGGCGCCUGCUUAAGCCAAAAAAUAGGCCCUCAGGCGGAUUUACCAAAGAGCUUGGGGGUAGUUGGCUACCCAGCUGCUGGGAUGACGGCCGACUACACAGGUCUCUGUGCUUUCUCAUGCAACUACGGAUACUGUCCUCCGUCAGCCUGUACCACGACCCAAGUCCCUCUUACGACGUCGAUGGUGUCGCCCUUCACUCCGAGCACCUGUACUGCUGGAGAAGGAACGGGUGACCUGGCGGGUCUAUGCAGCUAUGGCUGUGGCUACGGCUUCUGUCCGAUCAACAACUGCACGUGUACCGCCACCGGUCCGCUGAAUGUGCCGCCGGCCGCAAAUACGACCAUCUAUGGUUACACCACCGAUGUUUACCCAGAUAGCGGCCUGUGUGACUUUGCCUGCGAGCGAGGCUACUGCCCAUCACCCGUCUGCUCGGAUGACGUCGGCGGGGACGAUGCCAGCGACUUGGUUUGCACGGAUGAUGAUGAAUCCGUCGACUCCACUUCCAGCUGCCUGCAGAACAUCGAGACCUGCGAUUACACCCUGACGUUCGACAGCUUUGCAAGCCUGAGCUUUUCCUCAAGCUCCCUGGAGGACUUCUGUGUGAACCACUAUGCCCUGGGCAUUCUUGCCGAUAUGCUCAACGCGACGAUGACCAACUACACGGAUAUCCUCUCCAGCUACGGCGGCAAGUUCACCGAGUACCAGAAACACAUCCGCGAGGAGGUUCCGGGUGCGCUGACGGCGUACAUGAACCCCGGAGGAGCGGGUAAUGCUUUCUUCACGUGUACCUUUAGCGACGGCGGCGUCAACACAUCCACGACCAGCUGUCCGUUCGACUCGGAGCAGGUCUACAACGGCUACGAGAUCUACUACAACCUCGUCAACGCCACCGCCUUCUGGGCCAACCUCAGCGCUACUACCGGGAUCCAGGAGGACUGGGUUCAGUUCGGGGACGAGAACGUCGGGUCGAGCUGCGGCGUGGGGUCCGGCAAGACCUGCCAGCCCAACCGGGGCGUGCUGAAGGGCUACCCUCUGCCGGCGGAUACCAUCAACGUGACCAACCCGCAGACGAUCAUCGAGGAUGCACUGCCGGGGAUCCAGAACCUCACCGAGACGAUUCUCCUAACCCAGAUCCUGGCGGCGACGGGCGCCUACGGAGGCAGCAUGGAGAACGUGCUCCUCACCAUCUCGACCGUCGUCUUCACGCUGGCGCAGGCCGUAGCCAACAUGGGCGUGGUGGUCGAGGUCGCCGACAAGGCGUCGGCGGAAGAGAAGAAGGCUAUGAUCGAAGAGAUCAUCUUUGGCGUCCUCAUGAUUGUCCCCUUCUUGGGAGAGGUCCGGCUCAUUUCGGACGGGUUGGAGCAGCUGGCCGACAUGAUGUCGCUCAUUGGGGACGCGGGCGCCCUGGGCAGUACGAUCUACGGGGUAGUCACCGACCCGGACUCGGCGAUCUUGGAUAUCUUCGAGCUCGCCUUAGGUGGAGGGGUCCGGACCCCUGACGAGUUCGAAGAAGCCGCCAAUGCCCGUCGCGGGUUGACUGACGACGAGGUCAUCAGUCUGGGAUCGGACUGGAAAUCCUGGAGUGAUGACCUCUCCGAGGUGCAGUCGGUGUGCUACUAA